AAAAGUAGAAGCAGUGGAUCCGCUGACGCACACUGACAGAGUUUACAGAGUUUACAGGGUCUGGACAGUUCUCAUCAGUUUGAAGAUGAUGCAGAGUUUGGAGCCACAGGCCGGAGGAUUCAACUUCAACAACUGCAGCAGGAACAGUGUGUUGGAGUCUGGUCUGUCGGAGCUGGGAUUCAAACCUCCAACCGCCAGGAAGACUGGGACCACCAUCGCAGGAGUGGUGUACAAGGACGGAGUGAUCCUCGGCGCCGACACCAGAGCCACUGAUGACAUGGUGGUGGCCGACAAGAACUGCAUGAAGAUCCAUUACAUCGCCCCCAAGAUCUACUGCUGUGGCGCUGGCGUGGCUGCAGAUGCAGAGAUCACCACACAGAUCAUGGCCUCCAACGUUGAACUGCACAUGCUCAACACUGGGCGCCCGCCUCUGGUUGCCAUGGUAACCCGGCAGCUGAAACAGAUGCUGUUCAGGUACCAGGGUCAUGUGGGUUCGUCUCUGAUCGUCGGAGGCGUCGACGUGACCGGACCUCACCUGUACAGCGUUUACCCCCACGGGUCCUACGACAAACUGCCCUUCCUCACCAUGGGUUCUGGAGCUGCAGCCGCCGUCUCCGUGUUUGAGGACAGAUUCAAACCAAAAAUGGAGCUGGAGGAGGCCAAGCAGCUGGUCCGAGACGCCAUUGCCGCCGGGAUCUUCUGCGACCUGGGUUCAGGCAGUAACGUGGACUUGUGCGUGAUCACCGAGGGGGGGGUGGACUUCCUGAGGGGCUACGACAAACCCACGGAGAAGGGUCAAAGGGGGGGGCAGUACAGGUAUAAACCUGGUACCACGCCGGUCCUGACCAAAACUGUGACCCCGCUCACUCUGGAUGUGGUGGAUGAGUCGGUUCAGACCAUGGAGUCUACGUAGAAUCCAAGACAAGACAAGAAGAGUCUGUAAAACAAUUAAAAAAGAAAUCACAUGGACUGUAUUUUGUCACUGUCCUUAUGGUUUUCUGAAAUAAAAGCUUUUAUUUGUCAAAUUUG